UAAUUUACAAUCAAGCAAGCAAUACUUUAACAGACUUCGGCAAACAUGGACGUGAACAAUGAUUUACGAAAGGAAAGAAAGUCGGCUUCUUUUGACAGUGAAAAAUUGACAGAAAUCUUGUAUAAUGGAAAACAAAUGGUCAGACGUCGGAGAUUUUUACAAAACCUGAUAUUCCAAGACAAAUAUAUAAAGUCAUUCACACCAUGGUGGAAUCGUGGUCGUGAGGAACAUUAUGACAUUGCUGUCAAGAAAAGUGUUUACCUCAAUAAACUUGUACAAGAUCUCAACAUCACCAACAAUGUUGAACAGUUCUACAUCAGAGAGGCUGCAGCUUGUCAGGAGAAUAAUCCCUUGGGGCUCCAUCAAGUGAUGUUCAUUCCAACCAUUGAAAAACAGGGUACCAAGGAACAGAUUGCAAAAUAUGUGGAACCAGCCAAAAAAUUCAAGAUUCUAGGAACAUAUGCACAGACUGAACUUGGGCAUGGAACAUUUAUCAGAGGUUUAGAGACAACAGCAACAUAUGAUGCUGCCACAGAGGAGUUUGUUGUUAACAGCCCAACCAUAUCUUCUAUGAAGUACUGGCCAGGAUCUAUGGGAAAGACAUGUAACUAUGUGAUAUUGAUGGCACAGCUGUAUACAAAAGGAAAGUGUCAUGGUAUACAUGCAUUUGUUGUACAGAUUAGAAGUUUGAAGGAUCAUACACCUAUGCCAGGAGUAUCAGUGGGUGAUAUAGGUAACAAGUUGGGUUAUGAAGGUAUGGACAAUGGCUACCUUAUGUUCAACAAUUACAGGGUUCCCAGAGAUGCCAUGUUAAUGAGAUAUGCUAAGGUCGAGAAAGAUGGCACCUACCUUCCUCCACAUAAUGCCAAAGUUGCAUACGGGUCCAUGGUAUUUAUACGAGCCUUGAUUACUGGCGACUGUGCUCGGUCUCUGGCUCAGGCGUGUGUUAUAACAACUAGAUAUAGUGCAGUCAGAAGACAAACUGAAAUAAGGCCUGGUGGUGAGGAACCACAGGUGAUAGACUACCAGACACAACAAGAGAAGAUUUUUCCCUUGUUAGCAGCAGCGUAUGCCUUCUUGUUUACUGGAAAUAUGAUGGUACAGGAGUAUAACAGAAUUAAUGCAGACAUGGAGAAAGGGCGCUUUGAUGAGAUGCAAGUUCUUCAUGCACUGGCAGCUGGUUUAAAAGCUUUUUCUUCAGAAACAACCAGUAAUGGUAUAGACAAACUACGUAUGGCUUGUGGUGGCCAUGGUUACUCACAUGCCAGUGGGAUCCCUAAAAUCUGGGCCAAUAUUACACCAGCCUGUACAUAUGAAGGGGAAAAUACUGUCAUGUAUUUACAGUGUGCAAGAUAUUUAGUAAAACAGUAUGCCCAGGCUGCCAGUGGACAUACACUUGUAGGAUUUAUGUCUUACCUCAACAAUCCAGUGAAACAGAGAAGUUCCCUCAAUGAUUCCCUCAACAUGGUUGAUUUGAUUGAGGCAUAUGAACACACGGCAGCCAGGUUAAUCAAGGUUGCAGCAACAAGAAUGCAGAUAUUGAUGAAGAGUGGCAUGAGUAUGGAGGAAGCAAGAAAUAAAUCUGCUGUCCCCAUGGUGUAUGCUGCCAAGGCUCAUUGUCAAGCGUUUGUUGUGAAGAUGUUUAAUAGUGUUGUCAACAGACGAGGAAUGGACCCUGCUGUAUCUAGAGCUCUACAGACAUUAUGCAAGUUAUAUGCUGUGUAUGGUAUCAAUCAGAGGCUAGGAGAGUUUGUACAGGAUGGUUUUCUGAAUGGCCAACAAGCAGGUUUGAUACAAAACAAGACCCUGACCCUGUUUGCUGAGAUCAGACCUGAUGCUGUAGCCCUGGUUGAUGCAUUUGACUAUCCUGAUGAAAUCCUGCAAAGUUGUAUUGGACGUUAUGAUGGGAAUGUUUAUGAGGCUCUCUAUGAGUAUGCCAAAAUGUCACCUCUAAAUAAACAGGAUGUGCAGGAUUCAUAUUACACAACAUUGAGGCCAUUGAUGAAAGGUGAACUUACAUUUGAUGUACCAACAGCCAAAUUAUAGAAUAAACAACAAUUACAGUUAUAACAUAAUGUGAUAUUGUUGCAAUGGACAUAUAUAAUGAAUUAAGUUAAAAAAAAUUGAUACAGUGACUUCUUCAAUAUGCAUGUACUACUUUAAAUAUAUAUGGUAUGUCUUAUAGAUAACAUUUUAAAAAUAUAUUUAUCUGUUUUCCCGUCACUAUUUUGAAUCAUGAAUUGAACAACUUGUGAAAACCACUUUAAUCAUACCAUGAAUAUUACUAAAUAAUUAUACUGUUUUUAAUUCUAAAGGUCAGUUAAAUAAAUAAAUAAACUUCAAUAAAUUGUAAAAAAAUAUGAACAUUGUUUCCUGCACAUAAUUCUUGUAUUGCUUUUAUUAUAUGAAUAUCUGUUUACAGUUACAUGUAAAAACUACUUAAACCUGUAAUUAAUAUCAGUAAAAUUUUUGUUAGUGAAUAAUUUAAAAAAAUUGAUCUUCAAGACUAUUUUUAGCAUACUUUUAACUUGUUUGAAAACUGAACAAUUUACAUUAAAUGCUUUAUAUAAUAUAUUAAACAGGUGUGUGUUUAUGUGGUGUUGAUGUUUAUGUACAUUAGGGUUUUAUCAGAACAUUGUUGAUGAUAAUGUUAACAUAUUGUGAGUUUAAAUUAUUUGUGUUUUUAUCUUAAAGGCAGAAUUUAUAUUUUUGUUUUAUAUUGUAAAUGAUAGGAUCUAAAAUUUUCUUCUAAAGUUUUGUAUCAUUAAUAAAAAAGUAGAUCAAAGAUAUUUAAAAGUCUGUGAUAUUUUUGUUUAAAUCAAAACAAUUAAGCCUAAAUAUAGACUUUAUAAAUGUGAUAGCAUAUUAGUAGAAAUAAUUUGUUUUUAGGAAUCAUUGUUCGUAUAUAUAUAUAUAUAUCUCCAAGGCAUCAAUGUUAUUUUGGUUUUAGAGUGAUAUAUGUGGAUAUAUUACCUGUCAAGAUUUUAUAUCACCCGAGCUGUCUCGGGUGAUAUUUUAUCUUGGCAGGUAAUAUAUCCACAUAUAUCACUCUAAAACCAAAAUAAUAAUUUUAUUACCCUUCCCCAGCCGAGUUAAGACAAUUUUAAAACAAAUCAUUGCUACUUCAAAUGAAACAUCAAAAUAAGAUUCCCUUUAGGAUACCCUUUCACCACAACAUGACGUCACAUAAAUACAUGAGGUAAUUCUUUCGAACCUAACGAAUGGAAACAAGAGAAAAGGAGUAGUCUGUUGAAAGCACUUUUUUGGAAUUAAUAUCAAGCUUUCACAAGGUCAUAUUUGUUUUCAAUACUGAUGAGAAUAUGUAUCAUUACUCUAUUUUGGUAAAUAUUUAUCAUUUGACAGUUAAAAAGUGCUUGUAAAUCGGAAUUUACAUUGCGUAAAAUCAAACUGUGCGCGCAUCGCCAUAGCGCAUGUUGUUUAUUUAGUGUGUAUAUUACCCGUCUGGCUCGGUAAUAUCAAUUUCUUUUGGGUGAUCAAUAUCCAAUCAAAAAGGCGGAAAAAAUCUGGAAGGGUAAUAAAUAUAUAUAUCCAAGGCAUCAUUUUGAAACUCUGUUUCAAUCCAUGUUACUAAUGUGCAGUACUGUAAAUAUUGAUGUAGAUAACACUUUUAUAUAAUUGUUAUAGAAUACCAUGUAAACAGAUUUAUUACAUAUAUUGAUUGAUUAAACAAUUGUUAAAAUAUUUUAUUUUAUGUGUAUGCGUUAUAAUUAAAAGAAAAUUUGCUAAUACAAUGAAAAAUAAUGUAAGAUAAAGAAAUAAAAAAUA